AUGGCCUCCAACGCUACCGACUACGCCAUCACCUACGCCUGCUUCGACCUCCCACACCUCAAGCGCGAGUCUAUGGCUACUUUCUCCGCUGCCUCUUCCCGCUUCCACACUCCACGUACCUCCAUCGACAACGGAAAGCGCACCAUGCCUUCCACUCCAGCCAUGUCGCGCUCCAACUCCAAGACCCGCGUCAGCAGCCCCACCCCCAAGUCUCCCAGCUCCAAGUCCUCCAGCUCCAAGAACAAGAAGGCAGCCCACGCUGAAGCAACCUACCUCGCUCUCCGAUAA